AUGGCUGCCUCGCAAUCCUCCGACACCGAGUUCCCAUACUCACUAACCAUCUCUCUCCCACUCCCUACCCACCGCCUCGCGUCCUCUGCCCUCCAAACCCUCGAAGUCGACACCGAGCUCUCCCCAUUUGUGCGGCGCACCUUUGCCCUAACGGCCCCUACCUCCGAUACCCCCAGCGAGCCACAAGAAAAGAAGCAGAAGCAAGACCCAGACGAGUCCAAGACUGUCCUGCAGACUACCUACCGUGCGACCACAAACCGCAUGCUUCGCGUCGCGGUCAACGGGUUCAUGGAAAGCCUGGGCGUGGUUCUGGGUGUGAUGGCCGAGCUUGAUGUGGAUGUGCUCAAGGCGGAAGAGAUUGAGGGGUGA